AUGGCUUCAACCACCACCACAGCAACAACACCCAUGCCCAACAUCGGCGGUCUGCUGGCCCCGUUGUUGCCCGCCCUGGUGCCGGCGAGCGUCUCUGCCCAGCCCGCCAUCGGCGUCCUGCCCCUCCUCAGCCCCAUCAUGAGGCAACGAGUCCAACUGCUUUCGGAGGCCAGCACAGAGCCCUGGCUCCGUCUGCUCGCGUACGACACAGACAAGGCCGCGCGCCUGUCCGAAGUCGUUCAGAGCGGCAGGCUAGAACCGCAUCCUGUUUCGGGAGAGGUUGAGGUCGACUGGGAAUACGACGCCAAGACGAGGUACAGGCGGCUCGAUCUUGAGACCCUGCAGGCCUUCGUUGCCCUCGAGGAGCUCGAGUUGACUUUUCAGCUGAUCUACUGUGUCGGCGACAAGGACGGCGGCGGCGAUGGCUGGAGGAUCGGCGAGGUCAGCGUUACCGACAAGGCGGCACCCUUUGGGACAUUCGGCGGCUACUCGACCAUUGCCGAGGCCGAGAAAGCCUACGCCGACGAGAAGUCCAAGGCAAGCGCUGCUGCAAAGGCUCCAACCAGCACAGCGCACAGCCAUGUCCCCGAGGCCGAAGACGACGAGGACGAUGGAUACUGGGACAGGUACGACGCGACUCCUGCGCGUACGCCAGCAAACGAUCCUCCCGCCGUCAAGCGCUCUCCUGCUCCUCACGUAUCCCAGCCAUCACAGCUUGGCCAGUUCCGAACCGAUUCGGCCGAGGACGCGUACUAUGCACAGUAUGAUUCAGUACAACCGGCCAUGGACGGCCACGACCCCGAUGAGGAAGUCGAGGGCUUCGAUCCCGCCCCUCCGCUGGGAUUGGGCACUGUCAUCAGCCACGACAACUCGGAGGGAGGACUCAACGAGACGAACGGCUCCUGGACGUUGGCCGAGCCGCCGCGGUCGCCCUCGCUUCACAGCCAGCAGGACGAGGACAGAGCCGCCGUGCUCCUCCACCCGCGUCCGGCUUCGAGCGCGAGCAGCAACGGCAGCCGCUUGGUCGAGAAGCUUGAGGAGACCGUGGGCAAACAGGACCAGAACGAGUUCGGCGUCAAGCAGCACGUAUCAAGGAGCAUUCGCAGCCUUUUUCUUUUGUCGCGCUCAUCUGGUAUCGACAGGGAAGAAUUUGAACGCUUAGUGAAGACCGAACUGGACGUCCUCGGUAUGAUUGAAGACGAUGAGGUUUGA